ACAUUUUGCCUCAACGCCUCAAUUCUUCCACGAUUUCCUGGACUUGGAUCUGCCGUGCAGAAUGUCUUCUUCGGUCUAAAGACUGCUUGUAAUUGCAGCCUCCGGGCUUCGCUAUUGCUCCCUUCAGCUCAUUAAAAAGAGCAGUGAGCAUGGCAUCUCCUUUUCGAAGUCUGACUACUGUGGCAUGUAGGACACAGACUUUACAAUCUACAGGAGUUUCCUGUAUACCACGGAAUCCUCCUAUAAUUACAUUUUUGUCUAUCAGAUCACAGAACUUUACAUCCUUACGACAAUCACGACAGUCCUCCUUUCCUUUUAAAUCUCUAGUUCGAACAUCUCAGCGCGCCUUCUCCAUAUCCCCUCGCAGAUCCUCAACUGCGAAAUAUACAUAUGGCAUAGCGGCGUCUUUCACAGCGAAGGAUCACAGAUACAAUCCCGACACCAAUGUGUUCUCUUUCAACCCCUACAACCGAAUCCUCGCCCGCCGAAAAGACAAGCGCACCAGACCCGACUCAGGCCAAGAUGCCUUCUUCGUGGCCCAGAUCCACGAAACCCCCGACGUCGCCUUCGGAAUCGCGGACGGAGUGGGAGGCUGGGUAGAUUCAGGCGUGGAUCCAGCAGAUUUCUCUCACGGCUUCUGCGAUUACAUGGCGCACGCGGCAUACACCCACUCUUCAGAAACGGAACAUCCUCUUAAUGCGAGGAGUUUGAUGCAGAGGGGCUAUGAGGAUAUAUGUAAAGAUCCUAGUGUCAAAGCAGGAGGCAGCACGGCUUGUGUUGGGAUUGCAAAGGGAGAUGGCACACUCGAGGUUGCGAACCUGGGGGAUUCGGGAUUUGUUCAAUUACGAUUGAACGCCAUACACGAAUAUAGCGAGCCGCAAACGCAUGCUUUUAAUACCCCAUACCAACUGGCCGUCGUUCCAAAGAAAGUGUUGAAGCAAGCAGCUGCGUUUGGGGGACAGCAGCUGUGCGAUAUGCCGAAAGAUGCAAAUGCUUCUCAGCAUAAGUUACGGCAUGGAGAUGUGCUUGUUUUUGCAAGUGAUGGUGUUUGGGAUAAUUUAAGCCACCAAGAUAUUUUGAAGGUGGUGAGUAGGAUUAUGCUUGGAGCGAGAGCUUGGGAGCAUACCAAGGACGGAGUCAGUGUUGGCAGUGGAUUAAGCAGCUUCCUGUUGGCUGAUGAUGGGAAGAGUGGUGCUGAGGAGAUACCCAGCUUGCAGAGUUUCUUGGCUGUGGGUAUCACAGGAGAGGCGAAAGCUGCGAGUGUUAAUACGAGGAGAGAUGGGCCUUUUGCUAGAGAGGUGCAGAGGUAUUAUCCACAUGAGAAUUGGAGAGGUGGUAAGGUAGACGAUAUUUGUGUGGUAGUGGCAAUCGUUUGCGAGGAGAGGAAGUAAAUGAUCAAAGAUUGUAUGAUAUAGCAUGUUUAAUGAUGGGCUUUGUAUAAACAUAGGAUAGAGGAGGACGCUGCAUUGGCGAAAAGAAUUAGGGUGAAUGGGUCUGCUUAAUGGGCACCUGCAUAAGAAAUCUCUAGCUAUUGGCAUUCAAUGAAACAAAAGACAG